GUCGGGAUUUUCUGAAAGACAGGAGUCUGGAAGCCUGCAUUUAACAGUGUUGCUAGACCUGUAAGUAUAGCGUUCCUGGAUUGCAGGCUGAGUUAGGAAAAGUGGGACUGCUUGGCAAUAUGAAAGUUGUGUAAGGGAAAGAGCAUACUGGGACUCUAGCACCCGCUGUUCCCCCCCGGAGUCUGCAGCUCGCUGAUAGCAGGGCGCCCGGAAAUCCAAGCAAGUGCAGCACAGCCGGACCCCCGUCCCCUUUAAGACCGAGAACGCACCGGGUCGGGACGGCUGUCCCUCCUGUCCCCCCAAUGGCGGCCCUGCCUGUGAUAUAGGAUGGCAGAUAAAAGUGCCAAGCGCAAUGUAAGCCUGGUCUUGCAGUGUGAGUGGGGCUCUUGCACUCAUGUAUCGUCCAGGAUGGAAGACUUCUGCACCCAUGUGUCAGAGCAUCUCCGACAGCACCAGCAUGAGGCAAGGGAGGAAGCCGUGGACUGUGAAGAUGAAUACUGUUGCCAUUGGUUAGGAUGUGGAUUCUUCACACCAGACAGAACAGAUUUUGUACGACACGUUUACUUUCACUGCUACCACACCAAACUGAAACAGUUUGGCCUUCAGGCCCUUCAGAGUCAACCUGACCUCAACCCCUGUCAACUGGACACACAAACUCGCAACAUAAUCCCAGAACUACAAGAUGGCUUUAUUUGUUUGUGGGACCAGUGUGAGAGUUCCUAUGACAAUCCAGAGUGGUAUUACAGACAUGUUGACACACAUGGUCUUAGUGCUGAAUAUGAGGUGGCCGGGAAAGAAAACCGGGUGUUGCUGUGUGGCUGGAAAGACUGUGAUCUUUCCUGUAAAAGUCGAUGGAAGUUGCGUGAGCAUCUGCGGAGCCAUACUCAGGAGAAAGUGGUUUCCUGUCCCAACUGUGGGGGGAUGUUCGCCAACAACACCAAAUUUUAUGACCAUCUCAGAAGGCAAACCUCAUUAGAAGAGCAUCGUUUCCAGUGCUCCCACUGCUCAAAAAGAUUUGCAACAGAGCGUCUUCUACGGGACCACAUGCGAAAUCAUGUGAAUCAUUACAAGUGUCCAUUGUGUGACAUGACCUGCCCGCUUCCCUCCAGUCUGCGAUCCCACAUCCGCUUCCGGCACAGUGAUGAGCGUCCAUUUAAGUGCCAGCAUUGUGAGUACAGUUGUAAAAAUCUAGUGGACUUACGGCGACACCAAGACACACACAGCAAGAUGCCAGCUUUCUGUUGUGAGUACGAGGAGUGCACCUUCACUGCUCGCUCUAUGUCCUCCAUUAAGGCUCAUCACAGAAAAUUUCAUGAGGGGGAUUGUGAGCCUAGAUACAAAUGCCAUGUUUGUGAGAAAUGUUUUACUCGUGGAAACAACCUUACAGUUCAUCUACGCAAGAAGCACCAGUUUAAGUGGCCCUCGGGGCAUCCACGUUUCAGGUACAAGGAGCAUGAUGAUGGCUUCCUGCGUUUGCAGCUGGUGCGUUAUGAAAGUGUAGAACUUACUGAGCAGCUAAUGAAAGAACGUGAGAAGCAGGGAGCUCCAAUGGAUACAACUACCACUUGUUUGGUGCUAAGCCCAGGCGGAAGCAUGGAGUCUGAUGAAGGGGUUUAUGACAGAACUGUGGUUGAGAAAGAUUGUGCUUUACUUUCAUAGUGAUGAAAUCACAUUCUCUUGGAUAAACUCAUUUUGCAGCGUGAGAGUCAUUUGGACUUUAGAGAUUUCACGAGACAAGAUUGCAGCUAAAGGUGCUCAACAUUGCGCAAGGGUUUUUUGGGUUUUGUUUUUUAAUGAGUGCAGGCUCAUCAGAGAUUCUCAUGUCUGGAGGCAAAAGUUCUGGAAUCCAGCACACACAAUGAGAAAAAUGCAUACUAGACCGAAAUCUUAUAAAUGACCCAAAAACAUGAAUUUUCCCCCAAACAACCCCUUUCACAUUGUACAUUUUAAGACUUCCUCCAUUUAUUUUUUUUUUUAAGCUUCCUGUUGUCUGUUGGACCUUUCCUACUCACCAUGAAUGUGGAUUGUCCCUCAGGUCUUUGGAAGGAGACACACAUUUUCAUUGUUUUGGUCUUUUUAAAUGGCCAGAGAAGAAGAGAGCCAGCAUCACCCCUGCUGGUCUGCAGACUAUUCCUACAAAAUAUUAAUCUCUGCAAAAGAUUCUCCUCCUGACUUGGUUCCCUUCAGAUUUAAUAUCUACCCUUGUUUGUUGCCUGCUACAAAAUAAAAUAUUUAAACUUGA